AUGCCACCAAAGAAGAAUGUGAAAGCCCCUGCCGAGGGCAAAGAGGCUUCUUCUCGCCUUACCGCCGCCGCCGCCGCCAACAGCAGCAACAACACCACCUCCACCACCUCCAGCUCCAUCACCGCUGCCGCCGCCACAACCACUACCGCUGUCGCUGCCGUCACAGUUGUCGCCGGUUGCGCGCCCCGUGUCAUAUCCAAUCGCAUGUUGGAUUGCGAUGCCAAAGGCAUUCCGUGGUGUAUCGCCGCCAUGCGGGAAAACUUCAACCAGGCUCUCUGCCGUAGAUCGAAGGAGGUCCAGAGUACUCCAGAGUGGCAGGCCGCCAAUGCUGCUGACCGACGAGCAAUGAUCCAGACUGCACGCUCCCGCAAGGAGCAAGAACAGGACCUGGGCUUUGAUUGGCGAGAGGCGGCAAGAAAUAUGGGCUUUCGGGCUAAGGGCGAUAGCUUUAUUUGGAAAGAGGGCUGUCCGAUUUACGGCACCGCGGGAGCCUCGGAUCCCGCUGAGGAGGAGGAGGAGGAGGAGGAAUUGCCUUUCUCUCUCCCAGACGACGAGCCAACAACCAAGAAACGCCGUCGGGAAGACGAGGAGGGCGACGAAGACGACCCCGACGGGGAUUACACCAGGCUGUAUAUGAGCCGCUCCAUCCCUCGCCAAACUGCCACUGCUGCCUCCGUCCUGUCGUUCCUUCUGGCUCUUUAUAAAGCUGCCGAAAAGCGCAAUAUCUGGACUUGUUUGGUCGACUUCCGCGAGCUGCUGCAGGCUCAAAUAAAAUCAUUUUUCCACUCUUACAUCAUGUACACACGUGCCAAGACUUCUUGA